UAACCCAAAAGAAAACAAAACAAAACAGAAAACCCUAGUCUCACAACAUACGAAUCCUCAACUCUCAGUCCGUCAUCUUGUCGUUCCGGCUUGCAGCUCUCAUCACCAAAACGCCACAGGUGAGUCUCCACCACUCCCACCCGUCAUCUUGUCGUUCCGGCUUGCAGCUCUUAUCACUAAAACGCCGUCGGUGGACACCACUGCCACCGGGCACCACCACUGCCACCGCCAUUCACCACCACAACCACCGCAACUGCCGCCGCAGUAUGGAUCCCUUCACCCCUCUUGACUAUGGUCUGUUUCAACAGGAUUAGAACCCCUAACAACCUCCUCCUUCAAAGUCUCAAAAGCAGGAUUAGAUGAGGUGCAAGAACAGAUGAACAAACCUAUCCUUCCAUUGCUCUAUAUUAUUUCCAUCUUGGUGCUAAGUAACCUAAUUCUCACUAUUAUUAUAUUCAACCAAUGUUCUCUACUAGGGUGGGUGUUUUCUCCCCAUUUUAUUCAAUUCAAUUCACUUAAUUAAUUAAACUCUUCACUCCCACCUUUUCAUUCAAGAUUUAGCCAUUAACUCACUGUUUCAAGUUUCAACUCAAUCUAAUUACUUUCCCCCAAAUGGGUCAUCUGCUAAUCAAGAUAAAGCUUGCAUCUUUAUUGAUUUAAGGCAACUUAUUAUGGAUCUGGAACCUGGAUUUCAUUAGAUUCAUCCAAAGAAACAGUCAUGGGCAACAGUUUUGACAUUGGCUUACCAAAGUUUGGGUGUGGUUUAUGGAGAUUUGAGCACAUCGCCCUUAUAUGUGUUUAAAAGUACUUCUGCUAAAGAUAUUGUGCAUCCAGAGACUAAUGAGCGGAUGAUAAUGGUGAAGGAGGCACAUUUGCACUCUAUUCUUUCCUUUGCAGACAUGCUAGAGUGGGUUCAUUGCCUAAUUGUCAAUUGGUGGUUUACUUAUAACCAGGUGGGUUGUGGAGGCUGAUGGUUGUGGAGGUGGGUGGUGGUGGAGGUGGGGGGUAAUUGUGCGACAUAACAAGAAUGUUGGGGGGUAAAAUUGAAGGGUAAUAUAGUCAUUUCAAGUUAUAGUUAACAGAUCUGUUAACAACUUUGACGCCGGGAGGUAAAAUCGCGACAUAACACCAACGUUGGGGGGUAAAAUUGGAAUUAUUUCGUUAGGGGGGUCAGAGUGCCAAUUGGUUCAAACCCCAGGGGAUAAAAUUGCAGUUUACUCUUGAUAUAAUAAUAAUUUAUUUUGUGUAGUUAACUAUGUAGUUUUAGUAUGGUGGGAUGUAACUCUGUUUGAUUGAUGGGUUAAGCAAUUUUCUUGUCGUGUAUAUAUAAGGGUGAGCGGGGCACUAGCGGGGAGGCGGAUCGGUGACCCCAUUCCCCGAGCGGGAACACCGCCGCCAUCCCUGUGGGGACCCAAAUCGAGGAGUUGGGUCGGGGAGAAGUCACCGCAUGAAGAGAGAGGAGAUGGUGGGCCCAUAGCUUGUAACAACCAAUCAAGUAUUUUUCUUUAUUUACUCUUAUUUUUUGAAUAAAAAAACAAGUCCCCUAAGAGACGAGUGCCGCCAUCAAAUUGAGGGUGUGAGGGGAGUUUAAGAGGGGAGUUGACGUGACAUAAUCUGAUUGGGUGUGUGUAAGAGAGAGGACUCCCCUAAGAGGGGAGUGCCCCGCUCACCCUAAAAGACUAUUAUGUUUGGUGGAUGGGUUAAGCGAUUUUCUUGCCAUGUACAUAUAAAAAAACUAGUUUGAAUUGCAAGUUUUGUCUUUUAUCUUUAUAUCAAAUUUCAACCGGUGUCCUUUGUCUUUAAAAUUGAUGAGAUUUGUACUUUAUGUUUAUAAAUCUUGCACGUUACAUCCUUUGACCCUAACCCAGUUAAAAUUUUCUGUUAAAUCUCAUCACGCAAGGGUAGUUUAGUCAUUUUAACCAUUUACUUCAAAAUAUUUUAUUUGAUAAACAAAACGUAAUUAGAAAAUUAAAUAACUUAUGAGCCAACUACCACAACCACCAUUAACUUUUCGUCUACUUCAACCCCAAAGAAACAAAAAUUAAAAAACUUAUGUUCAUCUGCUUCAACAACUAAAUGGAUCUAGCAAUUCUGAAGAAUUUGUAUUAGGGUGAAGGGGGUGCACCCCUAAUUAGGUGAGUGAAUUUUUUUUUUAACCCAAUCAUACGUUGUCAUGUCAUUUCCCCUCUAUAACUCCCCUCUUGUUCAAAAACGUACGGGUGCACCCCUCUUAGGGGAGUUGUUUUUUUAUUAAAAAAAAAAAAAAAGAAAACAAAAAACUGAUUGGUUGAUACAAGCAUGGGGCCCACCAUCUCUCUUUCUCUUGUUCGGUGACUGAUCCACCCAACCACCUCACCGAAAUGGGUAACCGCAUGAACGGCGGUGUCUUACCGCUCGGCGAAAAGGGUCACCGAAGGGGGUUGCCGAAGGCACCCCGUUCACCCUUACGAAAAAGUUAUCCAUUUAGGGGUGUUUGAAAUUGCUUUUAGGUUAUUAACUUUUUCAAAUAAUAAUUUAUUUGUAUUUAAAAUAAAAAAGGAAAAUCAAAAGCACCAAAAGACGUGUGAAACAGAAUCAUACUGUCACAGAUCUGUUAUUCCCCCUUUCACACACCUCCCCUGUUUUUCCAAAACCGCCAUUGAAUACCUCUCUCACUCCGAAUCUCCAUCGUAUCUCCACCGUCAUUCCGGCAGAGUUCACAUGGACGUCGGAAAUGUCAUAUCGGAGAACGGAAACUGCCAACAACCGCCUCAUUCAGCUCUCAUCUUUUUAGGCUCUGGUUGUUCCAGUGCUGUUCCCAACGCAAUGUGCCUCAUCAACCCCUCCGAUCCUCCAUGUAAAGUCUGUUUUCAGUCUCUCUCCACUCCACCUGAACGUAACCCUAACUACAGGUGCAAUACAUCUCUUCUGAUUGAUUAUUGUCCGAGUGGUGGGGAACAUAAGUACAUACUAAUUGAUGUUGGAAAGACAUUUAGGGAGCAAGUACUCCGGUGGUUCACUUUUCACAAGAUUCCUCAAAUUGAUUCUAUUGUUUUGACUCAUGAACACGCUGAUGCGGUUCUUGGUCUUGAUGACAUCCGUGCAGUGCAACCAUUCAGUCCUGUAAAUGAGAUUGAACCUACACCUAUUUUCCUUAAUCAACAUGCAAUGGACAGCUUAAAAGUGAAAUUCCCAUACUUGGUUCAAAAGAAGCUCAAGGCUGGUCAAGAAGUUAGACGCGUGGCACAACUUGAAUGGAAAGUAAUUGAGAAUGAUUGUAAGAGUUCGUUUGUUGCAUCCGGACUAGAACUUGUACCCUUGCCAGUGAUGCAUGGGGAGGAUUAUGUCUGUUUAGGCUUUUUAUUUGGGAAAAAUAGCAAAGUAGCUUACAUAUCUGAUAUUUCUCGCUUCAUAGAAGAAACAGAACUCCGUAUAUCUAAAAGAGAAGGUAACCAGCUGGAUCUUCUUAUAUUGGAUACACUUUAUAGGAACAAUUCUCAUAACACUCACUUUUGCUUCCCCCAGACACUUGAAGCCAUCAAACGGUUGGAGCCAAAGAGAGCAUAUUUGAUCGGAAUGACCCAUGAAUUUGAUCACCACAGAGAUAACGAGUUUCUCCAGGAUUGGUCUAAAAGAGAAGGAAUCCCAGUUCAGCUUGCACAUGAUGGUUUGAGGAUACCUAUACAUUUGUAACGGUUCGACUCGGUAUAAAUAGUCACAUAUCUCUUGUUUCUUCCUAUACUAAUGAAGAUAUACGAUUUGAUCAUCGAUCUUAAAUGACACAAAGAAAUAGGCUUUUAAUACACCUUUUGGUAUGCAUACAAAAGAUUGUGUUGAAUUGUACUCUUAAAAAAUGUUCUCAUGAACAUAUUUUAGGGAUGCAUCAAAUUAUGCUUUUUUUUUUUCACUCGAUUGAAUGAUCAAUUCUUGAAUAUGUUAUUCAA